GCCAUUUGAUUGGCUGGAGGGCUUUCCCUUCAGCGCCUUCUGGAAAUUUCUUGGGCUGCUACUCCAUGCGGGGGGGUUGGGGGAGAGAAAAGUCGGAACUACCUCAGUCCUCUAGAAAACCUUGCCAGUUUGCAGCUGCCAUACAACCCAUAAUCCCAGGAAAUGCAGACCUUUUCAGCUGCUGCACCAUCAGCAGAAGAGAUCAACCAAUUGAAGAAAAAACAGGGUGACUAUCUCACGGCCCCAUUUGACCCCCGCUUUCCAAACACCAACCAGACCAAGAACUGCUACCAGAACUACCUGGAUUAUUACCGCUGUGUGAAGACCGUAAAAGCCAACGGCAAGGACAUCAAGGUGUGUGAAUGGUACCACAGGGUCUUCAAAUCCCUGUGUCCAGUUUCUUGGAUACAACGCUGGGAUGGUGAGCGUGCACAGGGAACCUUUGCUGGUAGAAUAUAAACUUCAACCUCCCCUUGCCUUAUCGACCCACAGCAGAUGCUCUUCCAGACCAUCUGAAAGAACUUAGUCAAGCUGUUAGUUACCUCAGCAGAUGUGACACUGAGUUAAGGUUAUUUUGGUAGGUUUAAAGAAGGGGGAAACAACAUAAAAUGUUCAUUCAAAACAAGCUGAGGGAAUAAUCAUUCU